AACGCACCACGGGUCCAUCACUUCCUGUAACGGAAACGGUCGCUCAUUAUUUUCCUGGACGGAAACAGCGUUUCUGCACUUUGGUCUGAUUGAGCCUGGUCAUUGCUGAACAGGAUGAUUGAUGUACGAGCAUGGGCAGAGUAUGUAGUAGAGUGGGCUGCCAAAGACCCCUAUGGUUUCCUCACCACUGUCAUACUGGCGCUCACCCCUCUCUUCAUUGCCAGUGCACUGCUGUCUUGGAAACUGGCCAAGAUGAUCGAAGCGCGUGACCGGGAACAGAAGAAAAAACAAAAGCGCCAGGAAAACAUCGCAAAGGCCAAGAGGACCAAGAAAGACUAAACCCAUUGGGAGGGUAGGAUGAAGACAUAAAAAAAAUAUAUAACAGGGCGAGCAGUCAUCAUGGCCACCCCCGUCCUUAUUCCAAAUACUGACACGGUGCCCCUCCUCGGCCCAGCCUUACUGUCAACAGAGGGUUGCUCUGCCUCAUGUCCAAGAGGGGGGAGGCUGGACCUACAGAUCUGACAGUGCUGAGAUGGACAGUACUGUCUAGAGGAGGCUUGUCCCAGUGGAACUUUGGUCAGCAAGAGCUCAGUGGCCAUCUGUAUGAUGUUUUUAUAUAGAAAUCUCUUGUUAUAAUAUGCAGCUGUUGCAAAACUUUGCAUUCCAUUGUUAGCAUCCCUGUUCUACUGAAUUGACUUGAUGUAAUGAACAUAUUCGAAGUUGGGUUUUUUUUCACAGUGACUUGCAAGCUAUCCACAUAAUUCUUUUCUGGUCAAUAAACUUCUUCUUUGUAGAUUUA